AUGCAACGGCGACAGGCAAGUUCUUAUGCGCCGACGAAGGAACCAUCGCCAAGUAGAAUCACUGGCAAACAUACCGCAGUGCGAACGAAACCUCGGGUAGAGGGAGGCAUCAGCUCUGGCGCACUGAUCGUAAUCGCCGUUGUGCUGACGCUCGCGACAUUUCUUUUCCCUUCCGAAAUGAACCAAGUAGAACAAGAAGCUGGCUACCUUGCACAAAAGGCAGAACACGACUUGAUGGACUGGGUUCAUCGCGACGGAGGAAGCUCACAGGUCUCAUCUUCCAAGUGGGUAGACGGUGAAAAAAGACUAAAAGUAAAGCUCAAGGAACUAGCUGAUAGACAAGCAAAGGGGUUGGACAUUGGUGUACCGGUUUUGACGCGCUACCUCGGCGAGGACAUUCCGGCUUGGCCUGACGCGACGAUUACUAAGGAAGCCUGGAACGCAAAGGUCGCUGAAAAAUAUGCGGAAAUGAGUCGAGAGGAAGAAGAAUGGCGAGCAAAAGUCGCUGCUGUUGUUUCUAAAGACCAGCGUGGUUAA